AUGAAUGGGCUGUAUGAUAACCCCUACUUGUAUAUGCCACUUCAAUCAUUUUGCAUGACGAAAGAGCAGGUGCAGGAUUCGUUCGGAACGACACUUGUCAUUCCUGCAAAGGCAGGGGGUGAAAAGAAAGUUAUCUAUGGCAAAGGAAGAAAAUCUUUGAUACCAGACUACUUUUUAGAAGAAGAUGACGAUGAUGAUAAACCUGCCCCUCACCUAUUCAGGAAAGUAGACAUGCCUAUAAUGUCAUCGGCUAAAAGACCAAACACAGUAAACGAUGAAAGGGAUUCAAGGAUCCAACUUAAACGUACAAGGGAAGAAUUUGAGAGGAGAGAGGAUGAUGACAUUAUUAUGGUAGUGGUCAGUUUUAUAGUUGCUGCCAUUGGUGCUUGGUACUAUACAAAGCACAUGGUGAAGGAGAGUUCAAGAACACACGAAGAAGAGGAUGAAAGGACAUACCUUAGAAAGUCUUGGAUUCGAAAUCUUAUUUGUAAUGCAAAUAACUGUGUUGAACAACUAAGGAUGAAUCCUCAAGCGUUUAAGAGGUUAUGUGAUGUUCUAUGUACUAGAGGGGGAUUAGUAGCAUCAAGAAAUGUCACGAUUGAAGAAAUUGUCGCUAUGUUUUUGCAUAUUUUAGCUCAUAAUGUAAAAAAUAGGACAAGCAAGACAGAUUUUUAUCGUUCAAAUGAAACAAUUAGUCGGCAGUUCCACAAAGUACUUCAAGCAGUCAUGAAGAUAGGAAGCCUCUAUAUUAAACAAGAAUAUACAAAUCCUAAUGAGAGAGACAUAGAGAAGUGGAAAUGGUUUGAGGAUGCUAUCGGGGCACUUGAUGGGACUCAUAUCCAAUUAACUAUUCCUUUGGAAGAUCAAAGUAGAUAUCGAAAUAGAAAAGGAGAGAACAGUACAAAUGUACUUGGUGUUUGUGAUGCCAAUUUGAGAUUUUCAUAUGUGCUACCUGGUUGGGAGGGUUCAACAUCAGAUUCUCGUGUUUUGCGUGAUGCUUUGCGUCGGCCCAAUGGCUUAAAACUUCCCUCAAAUAAAUACUUUCUUGUGGAUGCUGGGUAUACAAAUGGGCCGGGGUUUUUGGCACCUUAUCGAGGGACUCGCUAUCAUAUAAAGUCUUGGAGAGAAAAUGGUCCAAGAAACUACAAGGAGUUAUUUAACCAACGUCAUUCCUCUGCUAGAAACACAAUUGAGAGAGCAGUCGGAUUGCUAAAAAAGCGAUGGGCUAUAUUACGGACAGCUAGCUUUUAUAGUGUUAAGAUUCAAAUUAGGAUCAUUAAUGCAUGUUGUAUUCUUCACAACUUUUUACGUGAAGAGAUGAAUGAAGACGACUUGUUGAAUGAUGUGGAUCAAGAAUUAGAAGAUUCUCCUGUUUUAGAAAUUGAGAAUGUAGAUGAUGAGCGUAUCACCACUGUGAGAGUUACAGAUGAAUGGAGCAACUUUAGAGAUAAUUUAACUAUGCAAAUGUGGGAUGAAUACCGACUUUUACACCUUAUGAUGACAAAGAAAGGAAAACAAAUUGCAUCUCAUUCAAGAUCAUAUGUUGUGUGGAAUCGUGAUAUGGACGUAGCUUUAGCCAAUGUGUUGUACGAUCAAAUGAACCAAGGAUUAAAAGUCGAUGGUACUUGGAAGCCUCAAGUGUAUCAAGUUGCGGUUGAUGCACUAAAAUAA